UCGGAAAAAGUUUUAAUCGCUCGUUUCCGACGAAUAAAGUCGAUAAAUUGAAAAGCAAACUUUCAAGUUUGCAACGAUCGAAUUCGUUUACCGAAAACUUGAGAUGAAAGAUCCGCUGUCAACAUAGUUGCUAUUUUUGGAUCUUCAUGACAUUAAUUGAUCCCUAAUUGAAACUUGCGCAACAGUUAAACUUUUUCGAAUUCAUAUAUAAACAAUAUAAAUGUAACAACGGUUGUGACUCCAAUAAAUACAUCAUCACCGUGUUUAUAACAUGUGGAUAUGAUUUUUUUGUUUAUGUGUACUUGAGUGUUUAAUUAAAAUUAAAAAAGACCAUCGGUCGAUAACAUUUGACCUGGUACGUAAAGACUCGUUAGAAUUUCGACAUCACUAUCAAUUCAUAAUCUGUGCCAGGCCGAAAACGCGAGGCUAUUCGCGAGACACGAGGUCACGCUAGCGAAAUACGAUCCACAAGAGGAUGUGAGUUAGCGUGGAUAUGAAGGGUAAAUGCAAUCUUGACCUACGUAUCUAUGCUAAUGAGAAUAUUAGGUGAAUCAACUUUACGUGGGCGUAUGCUAAUAUUCUUAACAACAGUCCAUACAUAUUUAUCGUCCACACCUGGAAAAAGUGCUUCUACCCGGCUGAAUGUUGAGGGUUACGAAACCUGGGCUAAUGCUAACGUCGCGGUCAUCACUCAUCGUCUCUCAUCUGCGGAAGAUGAAUAACGCUUCAAGUACGCAGGCUCGGAAGGAUGACCAGACAACGAAACAUUCACUUUUGCGCUAUAUGCAAAGACUACCACGAAUAUCCGAAAGAACUCGGUACAAUAUAAAAGCAGAGUUUCCCCUCGCUAAAUCAAAUCAACUUGUACCCUCCUAGAAGAAACAUGAAGAUUGUCAUUAUUUUUUCGGUCUUCUCAGUGAGUUUAGCAAGUUUAGAACCAGUAGGUUAUACUCCACCUGGUUCUGACAGCCAAUCUGAUCGUUACCUACCACCCAGUCAGAAUAGUUUAUCUCCAACGCUAACACCAGAAUCCUAUUAUCUUCCAGCAAGUUACCAGAGCUCAUCCCAAAAUGUAAUACCAAAUUCUCUCUACUUACCGAGCAACCACCGUCCAUCUACUCCGCACAGUUCUGUUGUGGCUAUGCCGCCCAUGCAAUACUUACCGAGUCAGCAAGUACCACCCUCUUUACGUCCUCUACCACGUAUGCUUCAUCAUCAUCAUCGUACUAGAGUAGGACAAAAUUCAUCACCCGAUCAUACUUCAUCUCCAAGUCCUCUACCAGUCAAUACACUUCAUCAUAGUCCUGACAGAAAUGCUAUUUCGUCGCAAUAUUUGCCACCCAGUCAACGACCCGACACAUUUACUCAGGCUAUUCCAAGCUCAAGCUAUCUUCCGUCUAAGCAGAAUCAAUAUCCUAGAGAAAUCGAUCAACCUUCUACCCCGGUUGUAUCACCCUCAAAUACCUAUUUGACGCCUAACAAGUUCUCGAGCUCAUUGUCUGGAUUUUCAUCCUUGUCACAGAAUCGUUACACUGGCCACUCUAACCAUCCAAGCUUGAAUCAGCCAGCUGGACACUAUUAUCCUUCUAGCGGUUAUCCUGAAAGCUUUACUGGAUACAACAGUGAACAAUCAAACAUUGCCAAAUACGAUUUUGAGUAUCGUAUCAAUGAUGAUUUGGGAAACGAUUACAGCCACAAAGAAAGUAGAAGCGGUGAUAAUACUGAAGGAAUAUAUACAGUGCUAUUACCUGAUGGUCGCAAGCAAAUAGUUCGUUAUGUAGCUAAUCGUAAUGGCUAUAAACCCACAAUUACUUAUGAAGGAUCACUUUCUGGACAACUUGGAUACCAGUAUUAGUAGUUUUAAAUUCAUGCCAUAUUUAAUUGACAGUAAUAAUAAAUUAAUAAUAGGUGAUAACAUUGGCAUUUAUUAGAGAUAAUUUUUUUAAAAAUAAGUAAUAUUAAUUUUGU